AGCGAAGGGGGGAAACAGAAAAAGUGAGCCCCCAAACCCUAGACCCCAUGGAAGCGUGGCCGCCUCUCGCCCCCGCGGCCGCCGCCACCCCCGCGGCCCCUGCCUCCGACGAUGCAGCCGUCCCACCACCUCCCCCUCCCGCCGCCGGGGCGUGGGGGGCCGCGGCCACCGCGCAGCGGAAGCCCGUUGUGCAGGAGUCGGCUGCGCAGGCGGUGAGCCGGCUCGUGGCGAGCUGCGCCAACUCCAGCGGCGUGGCCGUGGCCGUGGUGGACGCCAACGCCGUCAUCGCCGGCGGCUCCGCGCUCUCCACCACCGCCGGGCGCCUGGUCACUGUGCCGGAGGUGCUCGAGGAGGUCCGUGACGCGGCCGCGCGGCGGCGCCUGGCGCUCCUCCCCGUCCCCGUCGAGACCGUUGAGCCUCCGCCGGAGUUCGUCAAGAAAGUCACCAAAUUUGCCAGGGAGACAGGUGACAUCCAAACACUUUCAGAUGUUGAUAUCAAGAUUAUUGCUUUGGCUUACAUGUUAGAAGCCGAGAUCCAUGGGACUAGCCAUUUGCGGGAGCACCCUCCUCCUCUGCGUGAGGUGAAUGUCAGAAAACUGUCCGAAGCUCCGCUUCCUGGUUGGGGCUCUAAUGUCCCUAAUCUGAAAGAAUGGGAAGAUUUGGAUCAGAUGUCUGAAGCAGGUGGAGAUAUCAAUUCUCGGAUACUUCCACUGAAGGAUCUUGAGAAUCAAGAUAUCCCCAUGAGUGAGACCAACAGUGUUUGUGAGGCACAAGAGGACGCAGGACUCCAGCCUAACAAAGAUGCACGCAUUGCAUGGGAAGAUGAUGAGAAUAACGAAGGUUGGACACCUGCUGUUAGCCGCAGCACACACAAAAGAUAUCUGCGGAGGAAGGCAAGGCGUGACGCCCUUAAGGAAUCUGGACAAAGUCUUGAGACAAGUUCUGUUGCUCCAUCAAUUGAUGCUGACAAAGUCCUCUCUGAAAAUUGUGGGUUUGAGCAUGAUUUGACUCCAACAGAUGGCCCUUCUUCUGCCCCUGAGAAAAUCAAUUCAAGUACUGACAGAUUGGAAUGUCAAGUAGAGAAUGAACAUGAAAUUGCUGGAGAACAUUUACAUUCUGAUCAACUAGCCAAAAAUGAUGAUACUGAUGCAUGCACUAAGGAAUUGGAUAACCUCGACAUAAAAAGCGAGAGUGAUGGAGGUGAUGAUGCACAUUCUGUGGAUGAUGAGAGCAGUGAGCAGAGUUGGGCCCUGAGGUCCUUAUCUGAGUCUACUGUAGCAUGUGUUACUAGUGACUAUGCCAUGCAAAAUGUCAUCCUGCAGAUUGGCCUCCGUCUCUUGGCACCAGGUGGCAUGCAAAUACGCCAAAUGCAUAGAUGGGUUUUGAGGUGUCAUGCUUGCUAUAAGGUGACCCAAGAGGUUGGGAAAAUAUUUUGUCCAAAGUGUGGCAAUGGGGGGACUUUACGGAAGGUUUCAGUAACUGUUGGUGAAAAUGGGAUUACUAUGGCCUCACGACGCCCACGUGUUACACUUCGCGGCACAAAGUUUUCCCUCCCAAUGCCCCAAGGUGGAAGAGAUGCCAUAACUAAGAACCCCAUUCUACGAGAAGACCAACUUCCUCAGAAGGUUCUUCAUCCUAAAUCGAAGAAGUCCAGCAAGCAGGAGGAUGAUUUCUUGGGCAUCGACGACAUAUUUUCACACAGUGGUGACAAUAAGGCACCGCUGAAACCUCCAGUGAGGAAGGCACUUGCAAUGUUCAGCGGGAAAAGAAAUCCAAACGACAACCAUUUCUCACGCAAGAAGCACUAAGUUGAAGCUUGCUUAUGCCUCGUUUGUUCCUUUUCAGUUUUCGCACCUAAUACCGUAGUCCCAGACUCCCAGUAUGCGAGUUGAAGCAGAGUAUUUCAUCCGGACUUCCUUUUUGAGGUUGCGGAGAAAGCAUGUAAUCUUAUGUAGUUUUGGCAACAUCUAUGUAAGGUUGUUAUGCUACUACUACACAUUUCAGCUGGAAUGAGUUUUAAUUUAAAUUGGUUCACAUGAGCA